AUGCAAGCAGCAUCAGCAGGUAACAUUAGUUCUGUGAAAUUCAUCAUUCAACUAGGCAUCAACGUCUCUACACAAGCCGAUGAUGGCUCUACUGCUUUGCAUUGCGCUGCCAGGACCAACCAGGUUGAGAUGAUUCACCUUCUCGUUUCUUUGGGAGCUCAGUCAGAUAUUCUCAAUAACAAUGGAAGGACACCCCUACACGAGGCUGUAUCCGGUCGUUGUGUACCCGCGUUCAAUGUGCUUGUGGAGAGAACAGCAGAUAUUACGAAACAUGUCCUCCGCGAAACGAUAGAGACAGAACAGCAUGGACUUUUCCAGCAAGCGUGGGAGAUCUGCAAUAGAGAUAUGCUUGGGGCAACCGGGCGUGGACUUUUCGACGUUGCAGCAAGUUCCACGCAGACAGCGAGUAUGGCUACACUGUUGUUGCUACCCGAUAUUACACCAGAGUGGAUUCGAUACAGCAGAAUGCCCACCAUAUGCCGCAUCAUCUCGAAAGAACGUAUAGCUAUGCUGGAGUGUUUGCUAGAAUCUACGAAAUUGGACCCUAUCAUCAACAAACCUAUUGGCGGUUCGGGUACUGGCAAUCUGAUUCACUUUGCCGCCGCCCAUGGGCGCGCUGGGGUUGUUGGACUUCUUCUCAAGUACAAAAUCGUCGACCCAAACCUGGUACCAAAGUUCCGUGGACUCUCACCUAUAAACAUUGCAGCUUCGCGUGGUCACUUCGAAACUGUGGAAAAGCUGCUUGAAUACCCUGGUAUCAUUCUGGACUCUGGGACGGAGUGGGGAAAUUAUACAACAAACCCUCUGCUUCUUGCUUGCCGAAAAGGCUAUGUGGAGAUCGUACAACUGAUGCUCAAAAUAUUCGACGAACGGGGACUUGAUGUGAAUGAUACCAGCGGAUCUUUCUACAAAAGAACGCCUUUGCAAACCGCCGUAUUCUAUGGACACACGGAGAUCGUAAAGCUCUUGCUGCUUCGGCAGGAUAUCGGUGUAAACAAGAUCGUCGGAAGUACACGGCUGAGCACGUGUCAGGUAGCAGCAUGGCGCGGACACGCUCAAACGUUGGCAGUACUGCUCGAGCAUCCUAGGACCGAUCAAGGCAACGUCAAAAAUGGCCGAGAUUCGCUAUUAUUCGAAGCAGCCAGGGGAGCACAUUGGUUGUUAGUUGAGAUCUUGCUCGAUUAUGACGAAGCCUCUCCGCAAGGUACGAUACGCGACCUCUCCACCCGAACAAACAUUGUAGGAAACCGUAUCGAUAUUCUGGAGAAACUCUUAGUCGAUGAAGCAUUCCGUGAGCAGUGCACGAAAGAUAGAAGAGCGAAUUUCUGGCACCGAGCCACAAGAAACAAUAGUCUAGAACUCGCGAUGCUCCUCCUUGAACACACCCAAAGGAAUGCAGGUUUCAACCAUUCUGCUUUGGAUGUCAACGAUAGGGGCAGCAGAGGUGAUACGCCGCUACAUCUUGCGGUAGAAUCUGCAAAUAUCGGCAUCGUAGAGCUCCUACUUCAUCACAAGGAUAUCGACAUCAACAUCACUCCGAAAGGACGGACUAGGGAUUCUGCCUUACAGAGAGCAAAAACGUACAGCCAACAGUCUUGGAGACCUAGGGAAGCGAUGAUUUACAUAAGAGAUCUUUUGGAAGCCAAUGGGGCUCAGGGCGCGUCGCGCAAACGAAACGACGACACGAACGACCUCGUUCUCCCGUCCUUACUCACCCAAGCGGAAGACUCAAAUAAUCUCGUACUGCCAUCCUCAUCCGGGCGUGCGGAGCACAAGGACUCUCAUUCAGCCAAGGUAGAUGAGAAUCUGAGACAGAGCACUCAUACGUCAUGGGCUUCAAUUGUUGGGAUCCAAGACAAUGGUGUUGGGUCUGGAGAGACGAAUAGAGGCGACAAUGUGUUGGGCGAUAUGACCCCUACGUCUUCAGACGACUGGCUGGAAGAAGACCCUGACGUAAUUUUCGAGGAGUGGAUGCACUUCGACGGUGAGGAGAUGAUCGAAGAUAAUCGCUCAGAGAUGCUGGAUUAG